CUGGGGUCUUUCUCUCUCACGAGUCGCAGAACUGAUGACAUCAUUGCCGCGCUCUAUUUGAUAGAGGAAUGGAAACACUUUUUUACGCUCCCUAAAACAGAUUCCAAACAUGGCAUUCAAUUUCGGUGGCGGAGGUGGCGGAGGGUUCACCUUUGGUGCCCCAAAGACGACUGCGGCACCUCCAGCUGCCGGAGGAGGAUUCUCGUUCGGGACGCCUGCUGCCCAGCCGCAAGCCCAAGCUCCAGCCCAGACCGCCACACCUCAGCUCACCAGCCUCCUCACACAGCCCACCCCCGGGAAUGGCGGCGCGGCACCCAUGGGAGGCGGCUUCAGCUUCGGGGCUCCUGCGGCACAGCCGGCCCCUGCUGGCGGGGGAGGGUUUUCAUUCGGCAACCCUGCUGCUGGUGGCGCGGGUCUUCUCGGCACUUCCACACCAAAGCUGGGCCUAAGUCUGCCUGCCGCGUCCCAGCCGGCUGCUGCCCCGGCCGCAGGAGGCCUGGGGGGUCUGAUGACGGCGGCGUCCACGGCCGGGUCUGGGUUCUCCUUUGGAGGGCUCGCCACCCAGGCCCCUGCUGCCGCAGCCCCUGCCAUGACUGCAGCUCCGCCUGCAGCUCAAGGGGGGUUCAGCUUCGGCGCGCCCAAGAUUCAGGCCACUACGGCGGCCGCUCCCGCAGCAGUUGCCCCUUCCCUCACCCUUGGAGCAAACACAGGCCUGAGUCUGGGUGGAGCAGCACCAGCUGCGUCAGUUGCAGCAACCACAGCCCAAGGUGGAGGAUUCGCCUUUGGCAUUAAGCCUGCAGCUACCCCGGCCCCUGUGGCCACCAUUGCUCCAGCCAGCCAGGCCGCCCCACCUGCCUCCACUGGACCAUCCCUGUUCGCCGCCCCCAUCACAUCCACACCCGCCACCGCCUUCACUUUGGGAGGUGGUACGACUGUUGCAUCCUUGCCCACAGCCUCCGCGGCCCCCACCCUGGGCACGGGACUCUCGCUCAAGCUGGGCACUGCCGCCCCUGCUGCCACUGCUGCCGCCCCUGCUGGCAUAGCUGCUACCACCACAGCAGCAGCAGCCGCCCCUGCCACAGGCUUUGGCCUGAGCCUGAAGCCAGCUGCCUCCACCGCCCCACUUGGCACCCUUGCUACCGCCGCUGCCACCACAGUCGCCGCCCCAGUCAGCACGGCACCAGUGAUGACGUACGCCCAGCUGGAGGGGCUGAUCAACAAGUGGAGCUCCGAGCUGGAGGACCAGGAGAGGCACUUCCUGCAGCAAGCCACGCAGGUCAACGCCUGGGACCGCAUGCUCGUGGAGAACGGAGAGAGGAUCACAUCACUACACAAAGACAUGGAGAAGGUGAAACUGGAUCAGAGACGGCUGGACCAGGAGCUGGACUUCAUCCUUUCGCAGCAGAAGGAGCUGGAAGACCUACUGGGGCCGCUGGAGGAGUCCGUCAAGGAGCAGAGUGGAACCAUCUACAUGCAGAACGCAGACGAGGAGAGGGAACGAACAUACAAGUUGGCUGAGAAUGUGGACGCUCAACUGAAGCGAAUGUCCCAAGACCUGAAAGAAAUAAUCGAACAUCUCAACACAUCCAGUGUCCCAGGAGAGACCACCGACCCUCUUCAACAGAUAUGCAAGAUCCUGAACGCACACAUGGACUCUCUGCAGUGGGUGGAGCAGAACUCAGUCUUGCUACAGAGACGAGUGGAAGAAGUAUCCAAGCUUUGUGAAAGUCGAAGCAAAGAGCAAGAGAAGAAUUUUCGGCUGAAUUUCCAGUGAUGCUUUCUUCCUUACCAUGCAUUAUUACUAGCUGUUAAAAUUUCAUUUGUUUUGCUUCUCUCUUUUUGUUGAAAAGGCAGACCAUUUAUUUGCCUGUGUUAAUUAUGUUACAAUAAAAAUAUACAUUUUUAA